GGGAAAUGGCUGCCUGAUGACAUUGAUAUACCUGCAUAUCCCCCAAUUUGUAGAUCAUUCGGAAAACCCGUCGCACAACCGAAUUUUCUUUUGGGUUCACCGGGAUGCUUGCCCGCGGAACAAGGAGCUGAUGAGACAUUUUUAGACAUCAUGAAAAUCACGUUCUGA